AUGCUCAGGUGUUUGUGGGGGGGGGUCAGGUACUCCAGUUGCAGCAGGAGGAGGGGGCGGCUGCUCAGUUUCCUCGUCGGUCAGGCCAAGAUGGCCGUCUAUGUGAGCAGGAGGAGGAUGGUCCAGGACCAGAGUGAGAUCAGUCCCAGGGCUCUGCUGGUCCGGAUGGUCCAGGCCAGACUCAGGCUGGAGUUCGGUCUCUACAGGAUAAAUGGGGAUCAGGAGGGGUUUGAGGAGCGCUGGGGGUUCAGGGAGAUGACGUCGAUGAGAGCGAUGUUCUUCAUCUGCACCAGAGAGAGGGUGCUGUGCUCUCUGCUUCUGGUUCUCACUGGUUCUCUGCAUCUGGUUCCCCCCGGAGCAGAGACUGACCUCCGAGCUCCCAGUCCCUCAGAGUUCCUGCUGUUCCUCAAGGAGCCCCUUGGGUUCACAGAGCCGCAGGAUUCCCAGAGUGCGCUGCUGUCUCCUCCACAGCUGCCUCCGCUGCUGCAGGGUCCUGCUGGAGAACCGUAA